UAUCCAAAGUACACUCCUCCCUUCCUUCGCACAAUCGAAGCUUUCUCCUGCUUUAAUGUUCUGUGAUUCCGACUCCUUCUUCUCCUUCUCCUGCCGUUCGUGUUGUCCCCGGUGCAGGGCUCAUUCCUUGACACGUUCAUCUGCACAGCCUACCUCGGGGUCCUUCGAACUCGGCGUGGUCACUGGACCGCCUGUAACGCCAAUGGACCUCCAAUGUCUGGCAACCUUUUCUUGCUUUUUGAGUUCGGUUGAAUGAAAUAUGCAAUGUUCGCAGGAGAGCCGGGUUCUUUUCUUUCUGCUCCACUUUGUCUUCCUAUUGGCGUCCAGCCACGAUGAGCUCUCCGAGUUUGGCAGCUUUCUAUCCCCUAGAAAAGAUGACUUGCACGCGACAGAGUCAGAUCUGCCCAUUGUCCAUCCUGUGAAAGUCGACUUCGAUGGACGGUUUAUCUCCCAUACACUUUCCCAUCACUUCGGGAAUGGGCGACUCAAGCGGGAUCUGCGACCGUUGGAGCCAGAGACGGAGAGCCAACGGGUCUAUUAUCAGAUCGACUACAAAGGUCGGAGUCUCAUCUUCAAUCUGACGGCGAACACUCAGCUUGUUUCACUCGACUACGUUGUGGAGAGGAGGAACGGGAGUCUGAACAGGACGACGGAGCAGCAUCUUCGUCUCCCCUCCGCGGGAGAUCUCUGUCACCUGAUUGGCACCGUCACGGUCAACCAGGCGCGUGGCACCGCCGCCGUCAGCACCUGUAGCGGACUGAGAGGGCUCUUCUCCCUGUCCGAGGGACACUUCUUCAUCGAGCCAGCCCCGGGGGCCGCCGACGAAGACGGAAGGCAGCCGCACAUUGUGUAUCCCAGAGUUACUCCGGAAGGUCACCGGAGAGUCAGGCGCAGCUCACGCACCCAGGGAGAACCCGUUCCCUGUGGGGUUAAAGAUGGUCCGAAGGACUCCGUCCGGGUGGAGCGAGAGCGGGAGAAAUGGGAGACGGAGGAGAACCGGGGUCCGUCGCGCUCCCAGCGCUCCGUCAGCAGGGAACGCUGGGUGGAGACAAUGGUGGUGGCCGACUCCAAACUCAUCGAUUACCAUGGCCAGGACAACGUGGAGUCCUACAUCUUCACCAUCAUGAACAUGGUGGCCGGGAUCUUCCAUGAUGCCAGUAUCGGGAAUGCCGUCCACAUCAUUCUGGUUCGCCUCAUCCUGCUGCAUGGGGAGGAGAAAGACCUGAAGAUUGUUCACCAUGCAGACACCACUUUAUCCAGCUUCUGUGCCUGGCAGAAGAACCUGAAUCCACAGAGUGACACGCAUCCUGCUCAUCACGAUAUAGCUGUCCUGGUUACCAGGAAGGACAUCUGUGCCGGGAUGAACCAGCCGUGUGAGACCCUGGGCUUGUCGCACCUGUCUGGGAUGUGCCAGCCGCACCGCAGCUGCAACAUCAACGAGGACUCGGGCCUCCCGGUGGCGUUCACCAUCGCCCACGAGAUGGGCCACAGCUUUGGCAUCCACCACGACGGCCAGGGAAACGACUGUGAGCUACAAGGCAGACACCCCUUCAUCAUGUCCAGGCAGCUGAUGUACGACAGCUCCCCUCUCACGUGGUCCUCCUGCUCCAAGGAGUACAUCACACGCUUCCUAGAUCGUGGUUGGGGCUUCUGUCUGGACGACCGGCCCUCCAAGAGAGAUCUGACGACGCCAUUGGCCCGUCUGGGUGUCCGUUACACAACUCACCAUCAGUGCCAGCUGCAGUACGGCCCGGACGCCACCUUCUGUCCUGAGGUUGAUAAUGUUUGUCAGAUCCUCUGGUGUUCUGUGAAUGGCACCUGUCGGUCCAAGCUGGACUCCCCCAUUGAUGGAACCCGCUGUGGGCCAGAGAAGUGGUGCAUCUCUGGGGAGUGUGUGGUCGUAGGCAAGCUGCCAGAGACGGUGAACGGAGCCUGGGGCCAGUGGAGCACGUGGUCCCACUGCUCCAGGACUUGUGGGUCUGGGGUCCAGUCCGCAGAGAGGGAAUGCAACAACCCCAAACCAGAGUUCGGCGGCAAGUACUGCACAGGGGAGAGGAAGCGGUAUCGAACCUGCAACACCAAGCGGUGCCAGAAGAACAUCCCCAGCUUCAGGGAGAUGCUGUGCAGCGAGUUCGACACGGUGCCCUACCAGAACGAACUGUACAAGUGGAUCCCUGUGGCCAACCCAGUGGGUCCGUGUGAGCUGCACUGUCGGCCGGUGACGGAGUACUUCUCCGAGAAGAUGCUGGACGCGGUGACGGACGGCACGCCUUGCUUCAUGAACAACAACUCCCGGAGCAUCUGCGUGAACGGAGUGUGCAAGGAGGUGGGGUGCGAUUAUGGGAUAGAUUCCAACGCGGUGGAGGACCGCUGUGGCGUGUGUCUGGGAGACGGCUCCAGCUGUGAGACUGUCUACAAGACCUUUGACGGAGGCGAGGGCUUCGGGUACGUGGACGUGGGUGUGAUUCCCCGAGGGGCCCGAGACAUCCUGGUGCAGGAGGUGGAGGAGGCAGGUAACUUCCUGGCCCUGCGGGGGCCCGAGCCGGAGGACUACUUCCUCAACGGUCACUACAUCAUCCAGUGGAACGGGGAGUACGAGGCCGGGGGCACCACCUUCUACUACGAGCGCAGCGGGAACAUGGAGAACCUCACGGCCCCGGGGCCCACCAAGAACCCCGUCGUUCUCCAGUUGCUGUACCAGGAGACCAACCCUGGUAUAAAGUACGAGUACACCGUCAAGAAGACCCCGACCACCGGGAACGAAGUGACGGAUCCUGUGUACAUCUGGAGAUACGGUGCAUGGACAGACUGCAGCACCACGUGUGGCCAAGGGCAGCAGCAGCAGCCUGCGCGUUGCUUCGAGGUGGACAUGGGCGUGGUGGACGAGACCCUGUGUGACCCCAACGUCCGCCUGGAGGAUCGACACCGCAAGUGCAAGAGCAUGGACUGCCCAGCGAGGUGGUGGGUGGGGGGCUGGCAGCACUGCAGCACCACCUGCGGGGUGGACGGGGUGCGGAAGCGCACCGUGCUGUGUGUCCGCACCGUGACCGGGGAGGAGAGGGUGCUGCACCCCUUGGACUGCAAGCACCUCCUGAAACCCAAGCCGAUGGUGCCCUGCAGCAGGGAGGUUGCCUGCGGACAGGACUGGGCGGUAGGCGCCUGGGAAGAGUGUCCGGUGUCGUGCGGUGGCGCCGUGCGGUCCCGGUCGGUCACGUGCGUGUUGGCGCCCCGGAAGAGCUGUGACCUCACCACCAAGCCGCGCUCCCGCUCGCUGUGCGCGCUGCAGAGCUGCCCCAACUCCAGCCUGCGCAGACGUCCCGGGCCUCCCACCAAGUACCGCCGCCUCUUCCCGCCCAAAAGCAAGUCUGACGCCGCCACCGUGCGCCCCAGGGUCCCGACGACACCCGUGACCACCAGCGCGCCGUCCACACCCUCACCCACGUCUCCUCUGUGGGAGACGACCGUCGCCCCUGGCGACGCGACCACCGGAGCGCUUGGCGGCGACGACGAUUACGAGUUUGACAUAACGGUGAAGGGGAAUCUGAUCGUGAAGAAGGAGAACGGCGGAAAACCUCCUCCGACGGAAGCCAGCGCUCUAGCGGAGAGCCCUGAGGGCAACCGGGCAGAGGAGGAAGAGAAGGACGGGGAAGAGGAGGGCAGCACAGAAGACGGGGUCCCCUAUUCUCCCGCCUUUGACUCUGAGAACGAGAAGACGAUGAAUGAGAAGGGCAUUAUCGAUCUAGACGUGACACCCGCAGCCAAGUUAGCUGUGGCCCCUAUCCAAUCACCCGGCCCGACCACACCCCACUUGGUCAUGGCGGUCCCCACGUUGCGUGCAACGCAAGCCCCCGCACGCACCACCAGAGCGCCCGCUACGAAGGCCUACACCACCACCCCACGGGCUGCCAUGCACCAUACCAUGGCCGCACAAACCACUCGUCGCUACACCCUCUUUGGACCCCGCACAACGCCUUUGAGCGAUCCAUACGUCGACCGGUCACACAGGGUACACCACACAACCACCGCCAAACCCAGGAGCCACUCGGCUCCGUUAAACCAUCAGCGGCCAGCGACUCAAGCCCCAGAGGCCUUCACUAAAAGGACCUUCACUUCCACGGACAGACCUCAAACCACCGGGCACCACGCUAAGCUGAAGAAGCCGGGCGACUCUUCCAAGAAAAACAACCGGGCGGCGCCGGAGUCUAAGAGGCACCUGGCUCACGCCAAAGACGACACCCACCCCGCCAAGCCCAGGCCGAGACCCAAGCGUCCCGCCGUCAGCGACUCCAGCGGGAACGAAAGCAACCCGAGGGCCGCACAGCCCGCCACCAGGGACGUGUUCUGGGUGGCGGGGAACUGGAGCGAGGUGGGUCCUGACUCACGACACGGCAGAGCAUUCCGAGGGGCUUAUGCACCUCGCGGCCAUCCCGGCUCGCGAGGUGCAUAAGGACGCCACCCCGUC